UCAUGACCGACCAGUUCUCUGGCGUCUCUCAACGAUGGCAGGUGUCACGUGGAUCCUCACUUUUAUGUGUGUCGCAGGACGUCACCUGUCCUCAGCCUCCCCCGUCCUCCGCUCGGUCCUGGCGGUCCCGACGGGGGCCAACGCCUCGCUCACCUGUAACCUGACGUCCGGAUUCGGGGUCACCUGGUACCUUCUGCGCUCGGACCGGCUGCUGCCUCUGCUGACGGUCACGCCCUCCAAGCCGAAGGGAUCGGCACAGACGAUCAGCUUCCACUCUGCGGACUGGCGGCGCGUCGCCAGCGGGGGCGCCGUGGAGCGAGGCCCGGGGAGCCUGGAGAUCCAGCAGGUGGAGCCGCUGGACGACGGGCUGUACUUCUGCACCAGCAGCUACGAAGGGAUCGUUCAUGCUAACGCGGCUAUCCGUCUGGUGGUUGAUGGAGUCGAGGAGUCGGACCGGCUGCCAUGUUGGAGUCUGGGGAUCUGUGUUCUUCCUGCUCUGCUCGUCCUCAUCUUCAUCCUUGUCUUCAUCGUUGGACUCUACCUGCACUCAGCUCUCCUUUUAUUUACUUCAGGUCAACCAGCUGUUUGCUGCCCUCCAGAGAGUCCAGGGGUCACAGAGGAAGAGUCUUUGCAAUAUUCCAGCCUGAGGCGCGCAGACAAGCCACGCCCCUCCGGCCGAGGAGGGACGCGAUUGGUCGAAGUCGACGUCACGUACUCGGCAGUGAUGAGUCGUGAGAACGCGUCACGUGACCGCGGGUAGAGCGGCUCUGUGGUCCUUUAACAGACUGAGUUUCUGUGGAUUUUAUAUACACUUGCACAUGUAGAUAAGAGAGGUUAUGUUUUAAAUUAAUACAUAAAGAAAGUUAUGAUAAUUAAUUUGAGGAAUAUUCUGGAG